AUGGGUGGUCAUUCACUUAUGAGUUGGCUGGCCAACUAUGAUGUUGUUGAAGAUCCAUUUUGCUUCACAAACCAAAUAGUUCCUCCUAUGGAUUAUUUGAGUGGAAUGAACGGGUAUGGUCCAUUUGAUUGGCAAUACGAAUGGACGCUCCCACUAGUACAAGACUCUUUUCUUGAUGCUGCUGUUCCUUUCAUGGAUCAAAGCUGUUUGAAUCUUGAUCCUCUUUACUCUUCCCUUGAUAUUCAACCAAUCCGAAGUGCGUUUCAAGGUGAUGAACUUGUUUUGGGAAAUGGAAAUGGGGUUUGUAAUGAUUUUUUCGGUGAAUUAAUGGAGCCUAGCAAUAAUCAACAAAAACAAAUACAGCAUCAACCUCCAUUGCUGAUGUGCAAGAAUGAAGAAAAUGGCAGUGCUGAGAAUGAGUUGGAGGAGGAGACGAAGGUGAUUAGUAAAAGGUCUCACCUUAGCACAAGGCUAAGAUCAUCAAACUCCACGUCGCUCAACUCAUCAAAAAUGUUGUCGAGGGAAACAAUAUCAAACUACUUCUACAUGCCUAUAACUCAGGCAGCCAAGGAACUCAAUGUAGGUUUAACCCUUUUGAAGAAAAGGUGUAGAGAGUUGGGGAUUCGCCGGUGGCCUCACCGGAAGCUGGCCAGCCUCCAAACCCUAAUCAGAAACAUUCAGGAUUUGGGAAAGGAAGGGGAGGAGAGUGAGGAGAAGCUUCGAAAUGCAAUAGAGUUGUUGGAGAGGGAGAGGAAGUUGCUGGAGGAAGUGCCCGACAUGCAAUUGGAGGAUAAUACCAAGCGAUUGAGGCAAGCUUGUUUUAAGGCUAAUUACAAGAAGAGAAAGAUCAUGGGGAUGAAUAAUUUGGAUCAAUCACAAUCCUCUUUCAUCUGCAGCAACAAUGAAAUUCAUGAAUAUGCAAGUAUUAUGGAUGAUGGUUAUGAGGACGAUGAAGAAAUCAAGUCUCUUUUAUCUGACUCUUUUUCCUCAUCAAAUUCCAACAACAUAUGCCUAAGCUUAAGAGGCUUUCAAGUUUCAAUGGCUCAAAUAGCCAAAAAAACGAGGACCGUCGGAUUUCUGGAAAAAAUCCAUCCGAGAGUCUCCGUCGCGCCACGUGGCACCCGCCCGUUGGAGCUGUCAGUGGCUGACGUAAGCCAACUCGGGCUUCAGCCAGGGCAAAACUUGCCCUUGGGCUUCCUCGGGCUCGUGGGACCCACCACCAAACUGGGCUACGGGCCCUGCGCUGGAGCUGCCUCGGGCUGCCUCUGGCAGCCUUUCCCCCGGGCUGGGCCUUGCGCUGGAGAUGCUCUAAUAGUGUGCGGGGAGGAGUAUAGGAAUCUUCAUAAAUAA